UACUAAAAGUAUUGAAUAUUAAGAUUCACAAUUGGUAGUUUUAAUUGUCAUGCAUUCUUAAUUUUAUACAUGUAUCUUUUCAUAUGAGAUUUAACAAUAACUAUCAUAUUUGUGGUCUGCAUCAUCAUAACAUCUGGUUGAAGCAAAAUUGGACUUAGAAGUUUCAGCGUGAUGGCUGAAGUUAUAGAAUUAAUGCCUGGUUCGACGGAUACAGACUGGAUUACCAAAUCGGAAUCGGAAUCUGAAGAUGAGGGUCGUCGAAAAACAAAGAACUUGGAAAUUCAAGGCCAUAAAAGUGUUGGUGGGAGGAUAUUACAUUGUAAAACCUUCUAUGGUUACAAAAUUACAGAUUUAAAAAGACAGUAUAUUGAAGGCGAUUGUGGUAUGUGUAUAGUUGAGUUCGGAGAUGGAUUCGCACAGAAAAAGAUUGAGGUGAUCUGUUGGGAAUCGUUGCGGUUUGGAGACAAACGAAAGUUACACAAACCGUUGACGUGUCUCAUAUUUGCUAAUCGAGAAGUAGAUGACAGAUUGAAACUAAUGGAAGAAGUCAUAUCUUUUGCAAGACAGACCAAAUUGCCUUGUCAUUUUGUAGGAACAAGAGUUUUACUGAUCUGUGAUUCUAACGAUAUUGCUUUUAUCCACUACAAGACAGAUAAAGCAAUAAUUAUGGAACUUGUAAAACAAGGAUUUCGUAGAUUCGAAAGAGUGGACAUCAAUGGAUCAUGGAAACCAGGAAACGAAAUGGAUUACUUUAAUGAAAUUGCAGAAUAUUUCUUUGGAUUGUACGUUGUACCUGUCAUUAUACCCAUUGGAAACAAUUGGAAGAGCCAAAAGAUGCAGAUACCUAUUAUUCGAUUAAAGAACGACAUGUCCGAUGUUAGUGUUUUAUGGCCGGAAGACGUUGAUCAGAGUUUUACAGAAUACAAAACAGAUACUGAAAGUGAAUGGCGUUUAAAGAAAACAAAAUCAGUGACGGAUGAUUUUCCGUCUGAUAAUGUUAUUUCGGAAAACUGGUGUGACUUUGAUAUUAUCGUUUGUCAGAUGCUUAUUAGAGUUUAUAUGGACGAGGAUUUAGCAGAGCAAACAUUUAAAGAAAUACAUGCAUACAAUCAUACUGCAUUGUUCAUGUACCUUUUGAAGAAAGGGGAGUGGAAUAUUCCAAAAAAGUACAUAAAAUGGCCAAUCGAUCUGAAGAGUGCUCUAGAAUACAUAUAUGAGGAGGAGUAUGAAUAUAUAAAGGAAUUAUGGUCAAACCAGAAAUGUUUUACCGACAUGGAUUACAAACUGCCUGAUCACAAAGUACUUACUUCAAUUUAG